AUGCUUCGAGCUGCCAGCGCCGGCCUCCGCAACGCGGUCGCUACCCGCUCCGUUUCACUUUCAGCUGUUAAUCACAGGUGAGAUGCUUUCAGAUGAACACUCUAAGAGCCCUCCGAAACAUAUCAAUCAGUCGGAAUCAAUACACAUUCCCAAUGAUUUUGGGGCAAUUCACCAGAAUCGAUUGAUUUCUACCAGUUAUCGGUGCAAAACUGCUGCCUAGUUCAUUAUCAAAGCACAUGGGUAGUGAUAACUGACGAAGUUUGUUCAGCGCAUUGUCAAUAGUCGAAUUUGGUCACGUUUCGCCUGGAAACUGAAGUUGGCAGGCUCACGAAAGCUUCUCUAACCACACUUUGCACGUUUCACUUUUUCAGCGAUGUCAAGCGCUCGGAUAUCGCUCAGUACAAGGUCGUCGACCAUGCUUACGAUGCCGUCGUUGUCGGAGCCGGAGGUGCUGGACUCCGUGCCGCUAUGGGACUCUCCGAGGGAGGACUCAAGACUGCCGUUAUCACCAAGCUCUUCCCGACCAGAUCUCAUACCGUUGCCGCUCAGGGAGGUUAGGAACUUGUUAUGCUUUGAGGAUUCCUUGGAACUAGUGAUUUUUCAGGAAUCAACGCCGCCCUCGGAAACAUGAACCCAGAUAACUGGCGCUGGCACUUUUACGACACCGUCAAGGGAUCCGAUUGGCUCGGAGACCAGGACGCCAUCCACUACAUGACCCGUGAAGCUGAGCGCGCCGUCAUUGAGCUCGAAAACUACGGAAUGCCAUUCUCGCGUACCACCGAUGGAAAGAUCUACCAGCGUGCUUUCGGAGGACAGUCGAACGAUUUCGGACGUGGUGGACAGGCCCACAGGUCAGUUAGAGAGGGUUUCAGCUUGGAAUGAUCUAGACGAACUGCAAUAUUCUGUUCCGUUGGCUUAGGUGGCUAGUGCGAGUCGCCGAGUCGACCACCAGAGCUGGUCAUCUGUUUGGUCACCACUAGUGUGAGGUCGCAGAUUCGUAUCCGCUUAGUGUGUUCCAUAAAAGGACACUGAAAAGAUGAGUAACUGCAACAGAAAAAGAUCUCAUCAUGGGUUGAUCUCCUAGUCUUUGCUAGUCCACAAAGAACGCUUUUCCUCUCAUGUCUACCCAACAGUCCAAAUCCAUAUUUUUUAGAACUUGCUGUGUCGCCGAUCGUACCGGACACUCGCUUCUUCACACCCUCUACGGAGCUUCUCUCCAAUACAACUGCAACUACUUUGUCGAGUACUUUGCCCUCGACUUGAUCAUGGAAAAUGGAGCGUGUGUCGGAGUCAUUGCCAUCGAUCUCGAAGAUGGAACAAUCCAUCGCUUCCGCUCCAAGAACACCGUGCUCGCCACUGGGGGAUACGGACGUGCCUUCUUCUCGUGUACUUCCGCCCACACCUGUACUGGAGACGGUUAGUUUGCACUGGUUCAACUUUCAUUAUUUGAAAUUUUCAGGAACCGCGUUGACCGCUCGUGCUGGAAUCAACAACUCCGACAUGGAGUUCGUUCAGUUCCACCCGACCGGAAUCUACGGAGCCGGAUGCCUUAUCACCGAGGGAUCUCGCGGAGAAGGAGGAUUCCUGGUCAACUCUGCUGGAGAGCGAUUCAUGGAGCGCUAUGCUCCAGUCGCCAAGGAUCUCGCCUCCCGUGACGUCGUCUCGCGCUCGAUGACCAUUGAAAUCAUGGAGGGACGUGGUGUCGGACCAGAAAAGGACCACAUCUACCUUCAGCUCCACCAUCUGCCAGCCGACCAGCUCCAGCAGAGACUUCCAGGAAUCUCGGAGACCGCCAUGAUCUUCUCUGGAGUCGAUGUUACCAAGGAGCCAAUCCCGGUCAUCCCAACUGUUCACUACAACAUGGGUGGAGUUCCAACCAAUUACAAGGGACAAGUGCUCAACUACUCUUCGGAGAAGGGAGACCAGGUUGUGCCAGGACUCUACGCCGCCGGAGAGUGCGGAGCUCACUCUGUCCACGGUGCCAACAGACUUGGAGCCAACUCACUUCUCGAUCUGGUCAUCUUCGGAAGAGCCUGCGCCAUCAAGUAAGAUUUAUCGAAAACGUGAAUGAGAAUCAAUUGCCGUGUAUUUCAGCAUCCUCAAGAACACCAGCCCAGGUGUUGGAGUUCCAGAGCUGCCAAAGAACGCCGGAGAGGCUUCCGUCGCCAACCUCGACAAACUUCGCUUCAACAACGGAGACAUCUCCACCGCCGAACUCCGUUUGACGAUGCAGAAGACCAUGCAGAAGCACGCCGCCGUCUUCCGUCGCGGAGACAUCCUUCAGGAGGGUGUCAAGCUCCUCUCCGGAUUGUACAAGGACCAGGCUCGUCUGAAGGUCGCCGACAAAGGACUCGUCUGGAACUCGGAUCUUAUUGAGACCCUCGAGCUUCAGAACUUGCUCAUCAACGCCACGCAGACUAUUGUGGCCGCUGAGAACAGAAAGGUCAGUGAUUAGUGAGCCAUCAAUAUGUAUAAAACCUUCGUCAACUCAUUCAACUUUCAGGAAUCGCGUGGAGCGCACGCCCGUGACGAUUUCCCUGACAGACUCGACGAGCUCGACUACAGCAAGCCAUUGGAGGGACAGACAAAGAAGGAGUUCAAGGAUCACUGGCGCAAGCACUCGAUCAUCCGCUCGAACGUCGAAACCGGAGAAGUGACGCUCGACUACCGCCCGGUCAUCGACACCACUCUCGACAAGAACGAGACUGACUGGGUUCCACCAAAGGUCCGCUCGUAUUAA